AUGGUCUCGGAGUAUCCGAUUCGUUUUAUCGCGCAUCUGCAUUUCUUUGGGCCUGGAUUUGCGCAGCGAACACGGCUCUUCCCGCUCAAUGCGGCCUGGAUUAUCAAUGUCAAGACUCAAAAUAGCUUGGUCGUGGCAUCUCUUUGUGGAAUUGUUAAUAAUACGACACCUGGCCUUGCGAAAAUCAGAGGACAGGCAUUGUGCGCCGAGCCUUGCGACAUUGCCCCGAGAGAUACUUCAUUGGGUGCAGGGGCAUAUGUGGGAGAAGUAACUCCUCGCAAGCUGAGGUUCUGCACGGUUGACGUUACCUGGGACAAACUAGCAUCAAUUCUCUAA